CGCGCCUCUGACGUACACUUCGAAAUUGUGCGCAACUGUUAGACAAUUUAUUAGGUGUUUCAAGGGGGUCAAUUUCGAGGCGGACAACGAUAGUUUUAAUCGCAUCUAGUAAUCUUUAUUCAUCAUGGAUGAUAAUAUGAGUGUGGGUGGAUUUAGUAUCGGAAGCACCGAAGUCGGUUUGUUUAUGGAAUCUGAAAUGCUCAGCGCCAUGCUUGAAGCCAAUAUGUGCGAAGGCUUGGACUUAGUAAGAGAAUCAUGGUUGGCAGUCACCAAAGUGGAAUUGCCGGAGGGACAAUAUCCUUUAUCUCACUUUAUAGCAUCUUAUUAUAAGCAAUUAUUUAAAUUGAUGCCGGACCUGAGAAAAGUAUACAAAUCACCGGAAUCGCAAAGUAAGAAUAUAGGGCUGGUCCUCUCUAUAGUGGUGAACAAUGAUAAGAAAUCAGUGCCCGAGCUCAAUGCUAAGAAAAAAAUUCUGUACAAAUUGAGUAAGGAGAUUGGUAUGAGUUUAUUGGGGCAUAUUGUAGGAGGUAGGGCGCUUAUACAAACUCUGGGGAGUUUACUGACGGAAGAGAAGUUCCCCAAUGCCACAAGAACUGCUUGGGUGAGAGAAUACGCCAAACUGGUAUAUAGUCUUCUACGGGAGUCAGAGAGGAAGACUAAACUUAGCGACAUCGUAGGGUUGCUUGAUCAAUUAGAAGUGAACGAUCGAGACUUUAUGUACAAAAUAGCUACGGAUGAUGCCUUCAAACCUGUCAUGAAGGGAAAGAAUUGGAAACACACAUUAGGUAACAUAACUUCGGGUAGGUUUGGUAAGUCAAAGCCCGCUAUAAGCCCGGGGAGUAUUCGAAGUGGGAGUGUUCGAAGUGGGAGCAUUUCAAGUUGGCGGCGACAAAGUUCACCCAUGUCUGGGCCAAUGCAUUCGCAGUCUAUGGAAUCUAUGGCAAGUGGAAUAUUAGGCGACAGGCAUAUGAGCAAUCUAUCCAUAAAUUACUGCGAUAGUCCGUCAAAUGGUGAAAUAGAGGAAAUAAAAGAGAGCCCUACAAUAGAAGAGACCGUGGCGCUGACGCCGACUGAUACAGAGAAGAAAACGAAGGAUAAGAAGGAUGGGAAAAAUCUAAAGGCGGAAGCCAAGGUUUCGGGAAUUGAUCCGCAGAUACCCAUGCACUUGCUUAUGAAUCAAGUGGAAUUGGUGAUAAAUUAGCCAACAUGAAUAAACGAUAUUACAAGUA